CUGCAAAAUAAUCUCCACCACCACUUCUAGUUAAUCCAUAACUCAGCAUAAAUAGGCUUCUUUUGCUAUACUGUAUCAGCUCUCAAAACUUUUUCAGAAGAAGAAAACCUUUGUGAACUUCCUGCAUACUAACCAUGCUGGAAGGCAAGGCAGUGAUUGGAGAGACCGAUAUGCUCCAAACCAUGCAGCAGGAUGCUCUUGAUCUGGCUGCAAAAGCCCUCGAUUUCUUCGAUGUCACUGACGCUACUGAGAUAGCACGCUUCAUAAAGAAGGAAUUUGACAGAUCAUAUGGACCCGGGUGGCAGUGCAUUGUAGGAACUGAUUUUGGUUCGUUUGUGACACACUGCUCUGGCUGCUUCAUUUAUUUUUCCAUCGGUAGCCUUGCAAUUUUGCUUUUCAGGGGUUCUGCUGUUCCAGAAGCUGAGGAAAACCAGUUUGCUGCUUUAGAAACAGUGAAAGCAUAGCAUUAAUUUACAUUUCCAUCACUUCUUGUACCAACUUUAGUUGUGUAGUCCAGAAAUUAUUAUUUAUAAAAAUGAAAAGAAGCAAACAAGGAAGAGUUUCAACUUCAGCAA